GCUUGACCCCACCAACAAGGAAAUCCAGGACUACAAACAACGUGGUCAGAUGGAGGAAAAGCUGUGGAAGGAUCAUUAUGCACUCCUCAACAGGGAUGAAGAAAAUGAGCUGGAGCUAUUUGGAUACAAAACUCAAGGCUGGCGGAGGGCCUUGUGCAUUGUUGGAUACGUCUUGUCCUGUGGGGCUCUGCUGCUGCUGUUUUACUGGAAGCCAGAGUGGGAUGUGUGGGCAAACUGCAUCCACUGCAGCUUGGAAGAAGCAGAUGUUGUUCUACUCAGAACAACAGAUGAGUUUCAAAGAUACACCUGGAAGAAAGUGACCUGGAUUGAUUUGUCCACAUUGGCACUACCUGUUGGUAGUAAUACACAACAUCCUCUUGUAGCUGACACAGAUUCAGUCAUAAACAGAGCUGUAAUGAAGCCACAGUUAAUGAUGAGAUGUAUCCAGGUGCAGAAAAUCCGUUAUAUUUGGGACUUUUCUGUAAAAGAGUUCAAGAAAGUUGGAUCAUUAGAAGACAGCAACACAUGUCACAGCAUACACCACAAGUUUGGAGCCGGCUUGACAAGGGAAGAACAGAAGAUCAGGCAGGUGGUGUGUGGACCUAAUGCCAUUGAAGUUGAAAUUCGUCCUAUUUGGAAGUUACUUUUUAAAGAGAUUUUAAACCCCUUCUAUGUCUUCCAAGCCUUCACCCUCACUCUGUGGCUGAGCCAAGGCUACAUUGAAUAUUCAGUGGCCAUCAUAAUUCUGACUGUCAUUUCCAUUGGCUUAACUGUGUAUGACCUCAGACAGCAGUCUACCAAGCUGCAUGACCUCGUUGAGGAGCAUAACAAAGUCCAGGUUACAGUCUGCAUGAAGAGUGACGGUUGCAAAGAGACAAAGUCUUGUUACUUAGUCCCUGGAGACAUGUUUCUUUUAGAUCGAAAAAAGCUUGCUCUCCCAUGUGAUGCUGUCCUGAUUGAUGGAAGCUGCAUUGUGAAUGAAGGGAUGCUCACAGGUGAAAGCAUUCCGGUUACUAAAACCCCCUUGCCACUCACGGAGAGUCCAAUGCCCUGGAAAAUCCAUAACAUGGAAGACUAUCGGAGACACGUCCUCUUCUGUGGGACAGAAGUCAUACAGACGAAGCCAUCAGGCAAAGGGCCAGUGAGAGCCGUCGUGCUGCAAACCGGGUUCAAUACAGCUAAAGGUGACCUGGUGAGAUCUAUCCUCUACCCCAAACCAGUGAACUUCAAACUCUACAGAGAUGCCUUCAAGUUCAUCAUAGGCCUGUCUGUCAUUGGUGUGUUUGGACUUAUCUACACUGUGUGUGUGUUCGUGUCCCACAAGAAGCCAGCAGCAGAUGUGGUGGCUAUGGCCCUCCUCCUCCUCACUGUGGCUGUGCCUCCUGCUAUCCCCACCGCCUUGACGACAGGUACUGUUUAUGCCCAAAGGAGGCUAAAGAAGAAGAAGAUUUUCUGCAUCAGUCCACAGAGGAUUAAUAUCUGCGGGCAGAUCAACCUCGUUUGCUUUGACAAAACGGGCACCCUGACAGAAGAUGGACUGGACCUGUGGGGUGUCAUCCCUUCUGAGGGAAGCCGGUUUCAGAAAGUCCAUAAGUUCCCAUCCAGUACUCCUCUGCCCUGGGGACCUCUGUGUGGAGCCAUGGCAAGCUGUCAUUCACUGGUUGUCUUGGAUAAGAAGAUUCAGGGAGAUCCACUGGACCUGAAAAUGUUUGAGGGCACGCACUGGGAGAUAGAAGACUCCAGCAUAACUCAGGACGGGUCUGGUGCUCUCAACACCUGCAUCGUUAGACCAGGGCUGAAGGCCAGCAGUGCUCCCACGGAAGGAAUAGCAAUCCUACAUCAAUUCCCAUUUUCUUCUGCGCUGCAGAGAAUGUCUGUUGUUUCACAGAAGAUAGGAGAGGAACAGUAUGACCUGUACAUGAAAGGAGCACCAGAAACAGUGUCCAGCUUUUGCAGACAAGAUACAGUCCCAGCUAAUUUCUUAAAGGAGCUUAAGACAUACACAAGCCAAGGAUUCAGAGUCAUUGCCCUGGCCCAUAAAGUGCUAAACCCAGGAAAGGAUGUAGACGUGAGCAACCUGGAGAGAGAGGAUGCAGAGUCUGAGCUGGAGUUCCUGGGCCUCCUGGUGAUGGAGAACCGCCUGAAGCAGGAGACAAAGCCUGUGCUACAGCAGCUGGCUGCCGCCCGCAUCAGGAGUGUCAUGGUCACAGGAGACAACUUGCAGACAGCUGUCAUGGUUGCCAGGACCACAGGUAUGAUUCACACGGGCAGCAAAGUCAUCCUUGUUGAAGCAAACGAACCGGAGGGCUCCACUCCUGCUUCCAUUGCCUGGCGAUUAGCAGAAGAUUGCGAAGCAAACACAGCUGUUCCCCAUGUACAUACUAAUACUGAGGAAAAGAUCACCUUGGAAGAAGAAACAUGCAACUACCAUUUUGCAAUGAAUGGAAAGUCCUAUCAGGUUAUUAUAAAGCACUUCUACAGCUUGCUGCCGAAAAUACUGGUGAAUGCAACUGUCUUCGCUAGGAUGUCUCCUGCCCAGAAGUCCAGCCUUGUUGAAGAGUUUCAGAAACUUGAUUACUACGUGGGUAUGUGUGGUGAUGGCGCCAAUGACUGCGGGGCUUUGAAAAUGGCUCAUGCAGGGAUAUCACUGUCAGAGCAGGAGGCAUCCGUGGCCUCGCCUUUCACCUCCCAAAUCCCCAGCAUCCAGUGCGUGCCAGAGUUGAUCAGGGAAGGUCGAGCAGCUUUGGUUGCUUCCUUUGCUGUGGUUAAAUACCUGACCCUUUAUGGCCUGAUUCAGUUUGUUGGUACCGCUCUGCUGUUUUGGCAACUGCAAAUCUUUGGGAAUCAACAGUAUUUGAUACAAGAUGCCGUCAUUACCCUUCUCGUUUGCCUAACAAUGAGUUUGACUCAAGCCUAUCCAAAGCUCGCACCUUAUCGCCCUCCUGGCCAGCUCAUCUCUCCUCCAUUGCUGCUCUCCAUCAUCCUCAAUGUGUGCUUUACCAUAAUCAUGCAAACCUGUGGUUUCCUCAUGGUGAAGAAGCAGCCCUGGUAUCGCUGUGUGUUACCUUACAGACACUGCUCUCCAGGGAACCAGACCAUGUCCCACAGCAGCCCAGGGGGAAACAGUACCAGCAGCAGUACCCAGAGCAAUGUACUCAGUUAUGAAGACACUACGCUGUGGCCACUGUCUUCUAUCAAUUGCAUCAUUGUGGCCUUUGUCUUUUCCAAGGGAAAGCCAUUCCGGAAGCCCAUCUACACUAAUUAUGUAUUUUCAGUGCUCCUGGCCCUCCAGCUUGCAGUCUGCCUCUUCCUCUUCUUCACAGACAUUGAUGCUGUGUACAGUGGAAUGCAGUUGAACAUGCCUUGCCAAAAGAGGAGUAAGAACUGCGCCCAACUCAGUCAGCUAAUCCCCUCCCCAUGGAAGGAUGUGGGUAAGAUGAUCUCUUGAAGACCUGCCUGGGAUGAUACAACGAAUUCUGACCUGAUCAGUCUACAGUUUGUUCAUCUGUCAGAGGUAUGUGGCUGAUGGGAGUUCUGAAGUUUACAGGUGCUAAAAGAGGUGUAUGUGUCUUGACUCUGCUGAGCUUAGAAAAGCUGGGAAAAGCCUUACCUGUACAGGUACACUGCAGAGGAGAUGAGAAUGGUGACAACAACUACGCCUGCCACAACUCCAGUGACGAUGGCAACUGUAUGGUUCUCAGGAUCCUCUGUGUCAAAGACUUUAAAGGAAGAACAAGGAAGAGCCCGCCUCGCAGGUUUGUCCUGUAUACAAUUCUGAACAUUCACAGUGGAAGGAGAGAGAGGUGCCAUCAGUAGUUUCAGAGCAAACUCCAUCAUUCUUACAAGGAUCUGGCAUACAUGGUCCACCUAGCAGCAAGGAGGGAGAAACACUUCAGGCUCGCAGAUAAUCCAACCCUGAGAGAACUGUUCUUGCUUAGAUUAUAUUGACCCCUAAUAUUGAACAUCCCCUGUAUUUUAAGGCAUGUUACUUGUACUAGACAACAGGAAUAAGGGAAAGAAAUACUGUUUCUACAGUGAAACAUUACAACAAGAUCCCUUGUAUGCUUUUCUUCUGUACACACUCAUCACCCCAGCUCAGUGAUGUCCUAUAAACAGGAAGUCAAGACUUCUUAGCAUCAAAGACAAUGUGAUAGUGGAUGACUUACUCCUGUAGCAUCCACGACUGUAGUUUGAGAUGCCACAAAUUUCAUCAGAUCCACACACUAUGUUUGAGCAGAAGACAGUGGAGCUUUCUGUGCACUGGCAUCUCUGAGAGCAGUCAUCAGUGGUGAAUAUUUCUCCAAUCUGGAAGACAGCAGUUAAAUAUUAAAAAAUAUCAAAUAAAACCAGCCAGAAAAAAAAUGAAUGGAUCACUGGAGCCCCAUGCUACUCUCUCUGACGUCUUCCGGAUGAAUGGCAACAGCGCACAUCUUUUUUCUUUUUUUAAGUAGUUUGUGAAACUACAAAAAAGAAAGCAAUCAGUUUACUAAUCCAGUCUUUUGAAACUCAAGGGUGGCCCAAGAAAGAAGGCAAAAGAAGAGUUUGGGGUAUAACAUCCUAGCCCCAGGUGGGAUACAUGUGCAACCAACAAUGUCUAACUUGCUGGAGAGAGCAUGGCAGAUACAUCACAUUAUGCCUCUGAAGCAAUGUGGAAAUGCUGUUUUUCUGGAAAGUACCACCUUUUCAUAGUAAGUGUCUCCUCCUUCAUAUAAAAAACAAUCUUUACUGACUUAGGCCUUUUCUGUACCAAAUCUCUAGUGUUCAAACAGAAAUCUAUAAGAUUAUGAAGCUGCUCUACCCUGCAGCAACAGUGGAGGUUUCUCCAUAUUCCUCAGAAUCCAGCCUUGCUUGGGACUCUCGUCAUGUCACAGCCAACCCUACAGACUCUCAACCUUGCCUAUACCGCUCUUCACUGAGAGGAGAGUGACCACAGUGACUGACAGAAUUUUUCUGAAACUGGUGUGUUGUAAACUUCAGAGCCUAGGAGGCUACUAUUUAGCAUAAUAAAGGUGAAGAAUUAA